CUAUUGGUCCAGAGCUGUAUCCAUCAUAGGAUUAUCUGUUUCGGGGUAGGUUGAUCGGAUGGAACGAACACCAACACUUGAGAGAAAGCUCUGCAUUUAAAACGCCCAGAGAAGAAUCAGUAACUACCGUACCUCGUUUUUUCUUUCAUCUUCCUCCUAUUUUCCUGACCAGUACAGCGUUGUCAUGAGGAAUGCACAGGUUGCCUGGGAUCGUUGACUGCCAAUAAGUGAAUAUUCUUUCAGCGCUUCCCUCCAAUAUAAGCACAGUUUUUUCGCGUGCGAUUUUUUGGGGGAUACCGUUUGGAUCCUAGGCUAAAAUAAAUCAGAUCCACGUUUGCCCGCCUGCAUGUUGUCAGCAAGAUUAUUGCGUUGGCUAUGUAGUGUAAUGUAGACCGGUAUCUGCAUAGUGUUAAUCUCUGUGUUCUGCUACCUUCUAAAGUGGAUUGCACAUCACCAGUCAACGAUUUCUUCCUCCUCCGACCUCGGGUGCUGUGGACUUGGAGGAAACAUGGGACUGCCUGCUCUGGAGUUUAGUGAUUGCUAUCUGGACAGUCCACAGUUCCGAGACAGAUUAAAGUCUCACGAACUGGAACUGGACAAGACCAACAAAUUCAUCAAAGAACUAAUCAAAGAUGGGAAUUCGCUCAUCCAAGCGUUGAAAAAUCUGUCCACGGCCAAGAGGAAAUUUGCAGAGUCUCUCAACGAGUUUAAGUUCCAGUGUAUAGGAGAUGCAGAAACGGAUGACGAGAUAUGUAUUGCAAAGUCUCUACAGGAGUUUGCUGGAGUGCUGCAGAACCUGGAGGAUGAGAGGACACGGAUGAUUGAAAAUGCCAAUGAUGUGCUGAUCAUGCCGCUGGAGCGCUUCCGGAAGGAGCAGAUCAGUGCUGCCAAGGAAGCCAAGAAGAAAUAUGACAAAGAGACAGAGAAGUACUGUGCUGUACUGGAGAAGCACCUGAGUCUAUCAGCAAAGAAGAAAGAAGCACAUCUCCAUGAAGCAGACAGUCAGGUGGACCACGUGCGGCAGCAUUUCUAUGAGGUGUCUCUGGAGUAUGUGUUCAAGGUGCAGGAAGUCCAGGAGAGGAAGAUGUUUGACUUCGUAGAGCCGUUGCUGGCAUUCCUUCAAGGGCUGUUUACUUACUACCACCAUGGGUACGAGCUGGCCAAAGACUUCAACCACUUCAAGACAGACCUCACCAUCAGCAUUCAGAAUACGCGGAACCGUUUUGAAAGCACCCGGUCUGAGGUGGAGUGUCUGAUGAGGAAGAUGAAGGAGAACCCCCAUGAACACAAGAGCAUCAGCCAUGACACCAUGGAGGGAUAUCUGUUUGUACAGGAGAAACGUUCUUUUGUGUCAACCUGGGUCAAGUACUACUGCACCUACCAUCGAGAGCCCAAACGAGUCACCAUGGUCCUGUUUGACCAGAAGUCUGGAGGCAAAGUGGGAGAGGAGGAGAGCUUCACUCUGAAGUCCUGCACAAGGCGGAAGACGGAAUCUAUAGAGAAGAGGUUCUGUUUUGAUGUGGAGGGCGUAGACAGGUCGGGGGUGAUCACCAUGCAGGCUCUAUCGGAGGAAGACCGCAGGCUCUGGAUGGAGGCUAUGGAUGGGAGAGAACCGGUCUAUAACUUAAACAGAGACAGCCAAAGUGAAGGCAUGGUCCAGCUGGACGUGGUUGGCUUCAACGUGGUGAAGAAGUUCAUCUAUGCUGUGGAGACCAGAGGCAUCGAUGAGCAGGGUCUGUACAGGAUUGUUGGGGUGAACUCCAGAGUACAGAAACUACUGGGUCUUGCCAUGGAUCCUAAAACCUGUGCUGACGUGGAGCUGGACAGUACAGAAUGGGAGAUCAAGACCAUCACCAGUGCAAUCAAGUUCUACCUCAGAAUGCUGCCUGCACCCCUCAUGACUUAUCAGUAUCAAAGGAGCUUCAUCAAGGCAGCCAAACGUGACAAUCAGGAGGCGAGGAUCACAGAGAUCCAUAGCAUCGUCCACUGGCUCCCAGAGAAGAACCGGCAGAUGUUGGACCUGCUUACGAAACACUUGGCAAAUGUGGCCAAUCACCACCAGCAGAACCUGAUGACUGUGGCUAACCUGGGGGUGGUGUUCGGCCCAACUCUGCUGAGGCCGCAGGAAGAGACUGUGGCAGCCAUCAUGGACAUCAAGUUCCAGAACAUCGUGGUGGAGAUCCUCAUCGAGAACCACGAGAGGAUAUUCAAUGACAUGCCAGUUCCGGGAGGUGGCCCGGCCAACCUACAGCUCAACCUGCAGCCGCGGAGGAGGAGCACGGAGAGCAAGGCCCCGUCCUGCAGCGAGAGACCCCUCACCCUCUUCCACACACCCACACACUCCCAGAAAGUGGAGGAGAGGAACAAUGUGGUAGUGAACUCUACUCCAGAGCUCCAGCAGCCGCAGCCAGCCCAGGCCAAGGCUCCCCACAACAACCCUUCAGCCAACCCCUCCUCCUCCUCAGCAGCAGUCAACCAUAACAGCUGUGGCAGCCACGGCCACAGCUGGACCCCACGCAACAGCCUGACCAGCACUGACAGGGACCAGGACAGGGGCCUGACUGCCAGGCAGAACUUACAGAGCCGCCCAAACUCACUGCUGAACCCAAAGAGCCGCACCAGUAUCCCAACGAGCCCAGCCUCACCCAGCCCCACCUCACCACGUUCCCCCUCCUGGCCGAUGUUCUCCGCACCCUCCAGCCCCCAGCCAGCCUCCUCCACCUCCAGUGACUCCUCCCCCAUCAGCGUCCCAGGCAGGCAGGCUCGGGCCCUCUACGCCUGCAAAGCCGAGCACCACUCUGAGCUUUCAUUCAUCGCAGGGACCACCUUUGAAAAUGUUCAUUCCUCCAGGGAGCCAGGCUGGCUGGAAGGUACCCUGGACGGCAGGACGGGCCUGAUACCGGAGAACUAUGUGGAGUUUGUGUAGUCCUGGAUCAGGACUGAACUGGAGAGACCACGCAGCUGCACUGUUUCCCUGCAGCUUAUUGGAAGUCUGGAGCACAGAGUGCUCCCUGCUGUGCAUGGUCAUGAAUCUGGAAUUCAGCAGCAGACUGUGUGUGUGUGCGUGCGUGCAUGCGUGCGUGUGUGUGUUUUUUGCUUUGUUGCUACAAAAGCUCAUUCCCCUGUUCAUUGAAUUGCACUGCCACUGCUUUUAGUAUCUUCUAUUAUCAGUUGUUGGAAUUUAGGAAUACGUUUCCAUUUUGGGGCGGGAAAAAAGUAAUUGGUCUGAGGUUUGGACUGCUGUCCAACUUCUCUUCCUGUGUACUGCCUGUAGGAACAGGGCGGCUGGUAGCCUAGCGGUUAAGAGCGUUGGCCCAGUAACCCAAUGGUCGUUGGUUUGAAUCCACAAUCUGACUAGAUGAAAAGUCUGUUGUGCCCUUGAGCAAGGCACUUAACCCUAAUUGCUCUUGUAAAUAGCUCUGGAGCGUCUGCUAAAAUGUCAAAUGUCACAAUGAAUGGAGUUGACUGUGUGGGGGGCUUUCAUCUCUAAAUGAUAGGGGGGUAUUUUUCAGCGAGUAUCGCUAUAAAUGUAAGCGCCUUGCAUUGGCAACCCGGUAUUCCCCUAGACAAAAUAGACCACAGCUGCUGUUGUACCAAACAGUACAGCUGUGGGAGCAUAUAUUAACUCCCGGUUACACACAUUUAAUAGCUUUUUUUAUUUAAUAAAAUGGAACUACUGGGUGAAAUUGUCUCAAAAAACCUAGAAAGUUAACUGAACUGUUUUCAUGAACUGAAUUUUUUUCUUUUUUUUCUUAACAGGUAGAGUGUAAAAAAUGUUUUAAUGUGAAACUAGACCACUUAUGUUAUUUAUAUACAUUUUCAAAGCUGAGAUCUGAACUGUAUUGUUUUAGAGUGUAUUAACAUUGUAAAUACAUUUGAUAAGGUAUCAUUUUCUAAGUAUGACAUUUUGUAUUGUAGCAUAUUAACUGAUUUGUUUUUUAGCAUCUUAGUUGCUACAUUUUUUGUGUCAUUGAUUUCCUGUCCAUUGGGAGCCUGAAUAUUCUUUCUGAUCAAAUUAAUCAUGAACAAGGUUGUAUAGAAGAUAAUCUAUUAAAGACCAACAUUGAACUCGCA